UUAGAUUUUUUUAUUAAUUUAAAUUAUUGACUCAGCUUUCUUCUUCCUUUGACUAUAUAUAAACCCUACUCCCACGGAUCUUAUUCUUCUCCGAUCCAAAUUUCGAGCUCUCUCCACAAUCAAAAAUGGCGAAUCGAAUCUUCAUCCUUCUCGCAUUCACAGCUCUCUUCCUCUUCUCCAACUCCGUUCUCUGCAAAGAUUCCACCACCAAAGACAUCUCCGACGAUGACGACGAAGAUCUGAGCUUCCUUGAAGAAUCCGACGAAAAAACCGACGCCACCGCACAUCACGAUCACGGAAGCUUUCCAGAUCAGGAAGAUUUCGAAGGUGAAGGAGACGAUGACUUCGAGAAUUUCUCCGAUUUCGAUGAGUCGGAGCACGAUCAGGAGAAUUCGUACAAGGAGCCUGAAGUUGAUGAGAAAGAUGUUGUUGUUUUGAAGGAGAGGAACUUUACUACUGUUAUUGAGAAUAACAAGUUUGUUAUGGUUGAAUUCUACGCUCCUUGGUGUGGUCACUGUCAGGCUUUAGCUCCUGAGUACGCUGCUGCUGCUACUGAGCUUAAGGGAGAAGAUGUGGUUUUGGCUAAAGUUGAUGCGACUGAAGAGAAUGAGUUGUCUCAGGAGUAUGAUGUUCAAGGUUUUCCAACGAUUUUCUUCUUCGUUGAUGGUGUUCGCAAGCCUUAUCCCGGUCAAAGGACUAAAGAGGCUAUUGUGACUUGGAUUAAGAAGAAGAUUGGACCUGGUAUUAACAACAUCACCACGACUGAAGACGCCGAACGCAUAUUGGCUUCUGAAGGGAAAGUCGUUUUGGGUUAUUUGAACUCUUUGGUGGGAUCAGAGAGUGAUGAGCUUGCUGCUGCUUCAAGACUCGAAGAUGAUGUGAGCUUUUACCAAACAGUGAAUGCUGAUGUCGCAAAGCUAUUCCACAUUGAUGCUGAAGCUAAACGCCCUGCCUUGGUCCUUCUUAAGAAGGAGGCUGAAAAAUUGAGUCACUUCGAUGGUAAGUUUGAAAAGUCUGCCAUUGCUGAAUUUGUAUUUGCCAAUAAGCUUCCUUUGGUUACUCUUUUCACUAGAGAAAAUGCUCCUGCAAUUUUUGAAAGUACAAUCAAGAAACAGCUGCUCCUGUUCGCUUCUUCAAAGGAUUCUGAGAAGGUUCUCCCAAUAUUCCAAGAGGCAUCAAAAUCUUUCAAGGGAAAGCUUAUCUUUGUUUACGUUGAAACGGAUAAUGAAGAUGUUGGAAAGCCAGUUUCAGACUAUUUUGGUGUUAGUGGGGAUGCUCCGACGGUUCUUGCAUAUACUGGAAAUGAUGAUGCCAAAAAAUUUGUGUUUGAUAAAGAAGUGACCUUGGAAAAUAUUAAGGCUUUUGGCGAGGAUUUCUUGGAAGACAAGCUAAAACCUUUCUACAAGUCAGACCCAAUUCCUGAAACCAAUGACGGUGAUGUGAAAAUAGUAGUUGGAAAUAAUUUUGAUGAGAUUGUUUUGGACGAGUCAAAGGAUGUCCUUCUUGAGAUCUAUGCACCUUGGUGUGGCCAUUGCCAAUCUCUGGAGCCUACAUACAACAAGCUCGCAAAACAUCUACGCAGUAUUGACUCCAUCGUUAUAGCGAAGAUGGAUGGAACAACAAACGAGCACCCUAGAGCAAAGGCUGAUGGUUUCCCAACGCUUCUUUUCUUCCCUGCCGGAAACAAGAGCUUUGAUCCCAUCACCGUGGACGCCGAUCGCACCGUUGUGGCAUUCUAUAAAUUUCUAAAGAAAAACGCAUCGAUCCCAUUCAAGCUUCAGAAACCAACUACACCUACAAAAUCCGAGAGCACUGAGAUUCCAGAGAGCAGCACAACCGCGGCUCCAAAAUCCGAAGCAGCAGCUGGGGAACUCAAGGAUGAGUUGUGAGAAGUUUAAAUUUUUGUUUUUUAUUUGAGUUUCUUGUACUCUAUGGUAGAAAAGUAAGUUAUUGAUAGGUGAAGAUAACUGGCAGAGAGAGACUGAUUAAGAAAAAGGGGAAAGAAAAAAAAACCACUCCUUCCUCAUCCAGGUUUUGAGAAAGUAAAAAAUGAAGCAGAGAAGAGAAAAGUAUAUUAACGCAUCUAACUUUCAAGUUCUAUAUCAUGUGAGAGAUUUCUUCUUAAGAUUUAAUAAAGUCUUCUUUUUCUUCC